ACAUCUUCGUUGAAACCAUUUGGAACAGAAAUUUUUAAAUAAACAAUCCUAAAACUUUCAGAUUAUUCCUUUUUUCGUGCAACGCGAGUACAUUCAUACCAAUUCACCAUGUGCAGUUAUCCUUGCUAUCCUGCUGCCUGUAUCGGAUCUUGUGGCGGUUGUGGUCCAAGUGGAUUUUAUGAUCCCAGUUUCAGACCAUUCAAUGGGCCAUUCAACAGCUGGUGCGGUCCUUGUGGGGCAGGAUGCUGCGGAGGACGCUGGUGUUAGAUUCCAACAAGUCUGCAUAUUUUUCCGUGUUCGUUCUGUAGAUGAAAACAUAGAUCCUCAAAGUGGAAAAGUAAUACUUGAAAAAGGCUAAAACGGUAUGAACAUCUCGCUUACAGAAGAAAUCUAGGAAGAAUUUUAUGGUUUUUAGGGAAGUUUCAACUAUUAAAACUGGUUCCGUCAAAAUUAUAUGCUUUGGAUCGUAAAUAAAACUGUAACCUACUAAAAUGUAAUAAUACUAAGAAAGACAAUAAACAUCAUCAUCCACUUAA